ACCAGAGCCAAGAGCAGCGGAGCCGCGCCGACGCUGCCACCUGAUCCCAUCCAGGCACGGAGGCGAGCGACCAGCACUCGGUUCACAGGGUCCCCAGCGCUCUCCAACCCGUGGCGGAUUUCGGGGCAAGGGUUGGGAAAUAGCGGUGACCACCCUCAACCAGGGUGGGAAGCAGAGCCCGCUUGGCGCCUCACAGGAACACUGGCCCUGCUACCAGAGCCCCAGGAGCCCCCAUGAGUGCCGGCGAAGGGAGUCCUGGAUAGCAAGGCCCUGGCUGGUCCGGGGGUGGGUACCCCAUCAUGCCACCCAUCCUCCAGCGCCUGCAGCAGGCCACCAAGAUGUUGAGCCGCAGGAAAAUCCUGCUGCUGGUGUUGGGAUGCAGCACCUUAAGCCUCCUCAUCCACCAGGGGGCGCAGCUCAGCUGGUACCCCAAGCUGUUCCCUCUGAGCUGCCCGCCUCUGCAGGACUCUCCGCCGCGUCCCAAACACAUGACAGUGGCCUUCUUGAAGACGCACAAGACUGCGGGCACGACAGUGCAGAACAUCCUGUUCCGCUUCGCCGAGCGCCACAACCUGACGGUGGCCCUGCCGCACCCGAGCUGCGAGCACCAGUUCUGCUACCCGCGCAACUUCUCGGCGCACUUCGUGCACCCAGCCACGCGGCCGCCGCACGUGCUGGCCAGCCACCUGCGCUUCGACCGCGCGGAGCUCCAGCGCCUCAUGCCGCCCGGCACCGUCUACGUCACCAUCCUGCGCGAGCCGGCCGCCAUGUUCGAGUCGCUCUUCAGCUACUACAACCAGUACUGCCCCGCCUUCCGGCGCGUGCCCAACGCGUCGCUCGAGGCCUUCCUGCGCGCGCCCGAGGCCUACUACCGUGCAGGCGAGCACUUCGCCAUGUUCGCGCACAACACGCUGGCCUACGACCUGGGCGGCGACAACGAGCGCAGCCCGCGCGAUGACGCCGCCUACCUGGCGGGCCUCAUCCGCCAGGUGGAGGAAGUCUUCUCUCUCGUCAUGAUCGCCGAGUACUUCGACGAGUCGCUCGUGUUGCUGCGGCGCCUGCUGGCCUGGGACCUGGACGAUGUGCUCUACGCCAGGCUCAACUCGCGCGCCGCCAGCUCGCGCCUCGCCGCCAUCCCCGCGGCGCUCGCGCGGGCAGCGCGCGCCUGGAACGCGCUCGACGCCGGCCUCUAUGACCACUUCAACGCCACCUUCUGGCGCCGCGUGGCGCGCGCCGGCCGCGCCUGCGUGGAGCGCGAGGCGCGCGAGCUGCGCGAGGCCCGUGAGCGCCUGCUGCGGCGCUGCUUCGGCGACGAGCCAGUGCUGCGGCCCGCGGCGCAGAUCCGCACCAAGCAGCUGCAGCCGUGGCAGCCCAGCCGGAAGGUGGACAUCAUGGGCUACGACCUGCCCAGCGGCCGCGCCGGCCCGGCCACUGAGGCCUGCCUCAAGCUGGCCAUGCCCGAGGUGCAGUACUCGAGCUACCUGCUGCGCAAGCAGAAGCGCCGGGGCGGCGUGCGCGUCCGGCCGGAGCCAGUCCUGGACAAUCCCCCGCCUCGGCCCAUCCGGGCGCUGCCCCGCGGCCACCUGGGCCACUGAGCUCCGGAUGGGAGUCUGGACCCUGCCCCACCCACCAGGAUCUUGCCUAGGACUGCCUCCAGGUCCCACCUCAUCAGGGCCCUUUCUUCCGAGGGACUGCAGCCCCACGCUGAGCCGUACUUAGGGGCACAUCUCUCUGUCCAAGCCCACGUCCCUAGGGUAGGCUGACCCUCGCCUUCUGGGAGGAUGCUCUUAGGCCCGAUCGAGCCCCGGGCCAUCCGCUCCACCUUCCUGACUAGUUGGUGGCUUUGAUAAGAGGUCUGAGGCCCACCCAGAACUGCCCACCCUGCCUUUUUCUAGGGAUCGAGGCCCCCACCUGUCUUUUCCAAGUGGAUGAGCCCAGGCCACAGAGAGGAGCUGAGCCCUGGGAAGAGCUGCUCUGCCUUUCAGCCUCCCUGGCUCUUGCUCUUAACUCCCAGGGGUCAGAGAUCCCCACACCAUCUGUCUUCCAGGUUCCACCCUCCCUACAGACCUAAGCUGCUCCCAGACUCCCAGAACCAAGAGUUCUUGGAUUGGGUUUUUUGUUUGGUUGGUUUUUCUUUUUUUUAAUAAAAUACUUUAAAAUGUA